UUAUAAUCGCUAUUCAUUGUUAUUCUCGUGUGUUUCGUUUCCUCCAGAAAUUAAAUUCAACUUGACCUAUUCAUAAUAGUAAACAUACGACAGUUGUGAAGUAUUUAGUUAAUUUCGAAAUAAAGCAUUGGAUGAUUUUUAAAUUAUUAUUAAAAAUUCUGGAAUUUUAGAUAAUGCACGCACCCACAAAAUUGAUGAAUAUAAAAUAUGGACAAGCUAUAACACCGGUUACAUACUCCAAGAAUACUACGAAAGUACCACCUCGAAAAUUGUGGCAGAAGGAGAAUGUCAAGCCGGAAUGUCAAGAUGAUGAUUGGCAGAAGAAUAAAAAUUCGAAAAAAGAUGAGAAAUGGGAUGCGAUCCAAUCACCGCAAUUUGUUGAUUUUUCAAAUUUACCCGAUAUUGGAGAUUCGUUUUUUAAUAGAGUGACUGUAGUUGUAAGUACACCAAAUCCGAAUCUUGCAAAAGAAAAACUUCCGAAUUUAAUUACAGAAGACGAUUCAUUGAUCACAUCUUUAAAAAAUUUCUCUUUGUCCGAAACACAAAAUGAAACAGUAUACGAAAACCCGUUGUAUGUUAAUCAAGAGAAAAAAGAAAAGGAAGAAAACGUAGUGCAUGAUGUUAACAUUAACCAAGUAUAUGAAAACCCAUUGUAUGUCAAUCAACAUGAGGAAGAAAAAGAGGAAUAUAUAGUGCAUAAUGUUAGCAUUAAACAGGAAUCUAAUGUUAAAACUGAGAUUUGUAAUAAAAUACAAAAAUCGCAGAAUGUCAAGAUGCAUCCAUUCUCUUUUGAUUUACGAUCAAAAAAUAUGCAGAAACAAAAAGAAGAACAAAAACAAAAACACGUUAAAAAGAUAUUGGAAGAAGAGAAAAAAAUAAAAAUAUUUCAUGCAAAUCCCAUUCCAAAGUUUAUAAAAAAUCGAAUUAAAAUUGAACCAAUAAAUAACAAUAAAAACGAAAAGAAUCAAAAAGUUGAUGUUCCCAAUAAGCAAAUUAAAAAGAAUACCGAGCUUUGGAAAAAACCGCCGUUUACACCAUGUUUAUCAAAAAAGAAGUUAGAACCACCAAAAAUAGGACCUUUACACUCAGAAAUUCGAGCGAUAGAAAGAAAACGCUUUGACGAGAUUAUAAAAGAAAAACAAAGACAAAAAGAGUUACAGAAACAAAUGGAAAUUGCUGCUAAAAAGAAACAAGAAGAAGAAGAAAUCGCACAGUUACGAAAACAAAUUGUUCAUAAAGCUCAACCGAUUCGAAGAUAUAAAAUAGAAUUACCAAAAGUCGAAAAACGGCCAUUAACUGAUCCUAUAAGUCCAAUAUUAUUGAAACGUCGUCGUCGUGUAUAAAUACCUAAAAUAUAAUUAAGAAGCAUUAUACUUUAGUAAUCGAAUCUUU